UCCCUUCGUUUCCUUCUCCGCGCUCUCCUCUCGCAGACUCCGCCGAUCGCUCCUCCUCCUCCCGCCGCCGCCGCAGGUUCCUCCGGAUCCCGCCCCCCCCGCCGCCCCUCCCUCCCUCCGGAUUGGUUCCGCGAUUCGAUCGGCGCUUCCUCAGGAAAAAUGUUCGGAGGCGAUCCCAACAAUUGUGGAUUUCCUGUGUUCCUUGGAGAUAAUGGGUUCCAAUAUGAUACUAAUGCAUUGCCUCAGCUGCAGUUAUUUGGAGAUUAUCCAGUUGGAAAUAGUAUUGGUCCCUUAAACUACACCAGAAAGGAUCACACUACCAAUAUGGACCGAUCAGCUAAAAGAUUUAGGGAAGCUGAAUCUUUUUCUAGAGAGCAAAAGCAUCCGCUAACCCUCAGUGAUAAAAUCUAUCCAGAUGAGGCAGGUCAUUCUGGGAGCAUUUUCAAUCCCAAUCCUGUGUCAACUGGUUUGAAACUUUCAUAUGAAGAGGAUGAACAUAACUCCUCUGUAACAUCUGCAAGUGAAAGCAUGACAGCUGCACUGCCUCUGAUUCUGUCGCUUGGCGAUAAUUUCAAGACGGAGUUUGAUCGACAGAAAGAAGAAUUUGAUCACUAUAUCAGAAUACAGGAAGAAAACAUUACGAAGGGUGUAAGAGAACUACGGCAAAGACAUACAGCUGCUUUUCUGAGUGCUGUAGAGAAAGGAGUGGGCAAGAAGUUACACGAGAAGGACCUUGAACUAGAAAACAUGAACCGCAAGAACAAGGAACUAGAGGAAAGAAUUAAGCAGGUGACGGCAGAAGUUCAAUCCUGGCACUACCGAGCUAAAUACAACGAGUCUGUUGUGAAUGUACUGAAGAGCAAUUUACAGCAAGUCAUGGCACAAGGCGCUAUGCAAGGGAAGGAAGGCUGCGGGGACAGUGAGGUAGAUGAUGCAGCCUCUUACACGAACCAGAACCAUCUCAGCUUCGUGGACGGUUUUGGGACAUCAGGGGUCAAGAGGAACCAGAUGACCUGCAAAUCGUGUAAGACUAAAGAAGUCUCCAUCUUGAUAUUGCCUUGCAAACAUUUGUGUCUAUGUAAAGAUUGUGCAGCGUUUAUUGAUGUGUGCCCCCUCUGCAAUAUGAUGAGAACUGGCCUAGUUCAAGUGUACAUGUGUUGAGAUUUUCCCGUGGUCUGUGCAAGGCAUAGAUAAGCACUUGCAGUUGUCAAAAUGAUGAUGUUUGCUGGGUGAAUUAUUAUGAUAUGUGAAGUGGAUUGCCCCUCUUUAUAAUCAA